AUUACAAAACUAUGCAACCCUUCUUUUCAAUGGCGAGCACGAGCACGUGUGCUAAAAAGAGAUGACAAGAUAUGUAUGAAAGCAAAGAACGGAUGUAGUAGAGCAGCUCGCAGGUAUCGUUGCACCAACGGUGAGGAAUGAAAUGACGCGAUUCUUGAUUGCUGGCAUUCGUGUAGUUGAUUUGUGGCCGUGUGGUGCUGUUGUCAAAGAUAUUAAAAACUUCUUGAAGUAUUCUGAAAGAAUGGGAAGGUGGUUCAUGUUAAAAUAAUUGCUGGCAAUUUAAUAAGAGUAAUCUAAAACGUGUUCGCAACAAAGAAACCUCAAGCGAAGAAGAAGAAGACAAAACGGCAUUAAUCGAAAGACGCCCGACAAAGCGGUGGAAGUAGCAAACAAAGCGAAUCAAUAGUAAAUUGACAAAGGAAUAAUCCAUUGGAAAUAAUAAUAAAACCAAAUUGUCGCGCGUUUGUUGUGAAUUUUAUGGAGAAAUAUUAAGUAAUUUGCCAGCGAAAACAUUAACUCUAACCCCGGACUAAAUACAUUAGUACCAAAAUCUACUGCACUUAUUAAUAUUAAAGGAACAUUUCGUUAAGAAUCAAGUAUAUAUUCGAGUAAUUGCAUCGGUUUACUGUGAACUCUUUUCUCUGGUUUUAGAGCCCUGCACGAGUGUAAAUGCAAUAUAUAAUCAACUUAGCUCAAAAGCAUAUAUUUGGUGGAAUAAAUCCAAAAGCACGCUUGUUAGGUAAUAAAUUCGUCAAAGCCAGUAAAGUCAAUUACUAGUAGGCAAGGGAAGACAUUUUAAGCAUCAUUAAGCAAAGAAGGAUAAGCGGCUGUGUUUAAGAGUAAAGAUGUCAACUAAUAUCAAUAACGUUGUUCAUGAACGAGUUGAACGCAAUAAUUCCUCUUCAUCCCUGUGUACAUUGAAUAGCAGCGGUCAUAGUAAACACAACAGUGGGGUAUUUACAGUAUCUAACGUUUGUGGUACCAGCGGUGGCGGCAACGGGGGUCUUAGUGCAGACGGCACUUGCAGCUUUAAUGGAGUAGUAAUUAGCGAAGUUGUAGAUGAGACGAAUCUUAAAUUUAGUUGCAAGUAUAAGAACAGUUGCAGUUUGCUAUGCAUUUAUGAUCCUCAAGGAGUGCUGUUAAAAAUUACUCUAGAUAACGACACUUCGAAUGUCCUUAAAGAGUAUUUGCUUACUUAUGAUACGGAUGCCGCCCAAAUAGGCCGUCAAACCUAUGCGCUUUCUCUGGAUAGCGACAACUUGGUUUUUCGCUUUACAUCUGUCUAUGAACAGCAACGGUUUCGAAAACUAGUCGAUAGUGUAAAACAUCUUCGACCAAAAUCAGUAUUUUCACAACGAACUGAAGAGUCUUCCGCUUCACAGUAUUUCCAAUUUUAUGGCUAUUUAUCGCAGCAACAAAAUAUGAUGCAAGAUUACGUUCGAACGAGCACAUACCAGCGCGCCAUACUUGGGAAUUCAAUUGACUUUCACAACAAAAUAGUGUUGGACGUUGGAGCUGGAUCAGGAAUUCUUUCGUUCUUUGCUGUUCAAGCGGGAGCUGCGAAAGUCUACGCUAUUGAAGCAUCUAAUAUGGCACAAUACGCACAGCAAUUGGUAGAUUCAAACAAUGUCCAAGAUAAAAUUUUUGUGAUGCCCGGUAAAAUAGAAGAAAUAGAUAUUCCUGAAAUGGUUGAUGUAAUCAUAUCAGAGCCAAUGGGAUAUAUGCUCUAUAACGAACGCAUGCUGGAAACGUAUUUGCAUGCCAGAAAGUGGCUGAAACCGAACGGCAAAAUGUUUCCUACCCACGGUGACUUGCACAUUGCCCCAUUCUCUGAUGAAUCACUCUAUUCGGAACAGUACAAUAAAGCCAACUUUUGGUAUCAGUCUGCGUUCCAUGGGGUCGAUUUAACUACGCUUCAUAAAGAAGGAAUGAAGGAGUACUUUCGACAGCCUAUUGUCGAUACGUUUGACAUACGCAUUUGCAUGGCAAAAUCUGUACGCCACGUUUGUGACUUUCUCCGUGAUAAUGAGAAUGACUUACACAAUAUAGAUAUACCACUCCAGUUUCAUAUUUUGCAAACCGGCAUCUGCCAUGGACUCGCUUUUUGGUUUGAUGUUGAGUUUUGUGGCUCUAGCCAGCAGGUUUGGCUUUCCACGUCGCCAACAGCACCACUGACUCACUGGUAUCAAGUGCGUUGUCUAUUGCCCAUGCCGAUUUUUAUUAAACAAGGCCAACUUUUAACCGGGCGUGUGUUGCUUGAAGCUAAUCGACGACAAUCUUAUGAUGUGACGAUUGACUUACAUAUAGAAGGAACAUUGAUAUCCUCAAGCAAUACGUUGGAUUUGAAAAAUCCUUACUUUAGAUACACAGGUGCACCGGUGCAGGCACCACCAGGAACUAGCACCCAAAGCCCUUCUGAGCAAUACUGGUCACAAUUAGACACCACCCAGGGAGCUCGAAGUGCAAGCAAUUUACCGAAUGGCAUAACUGUUAAUGGACUUUCGGAAACUUCAAUGGACAUCACACACACGCUUAUGAAUCCUCACAACUAAAUUAAGUAGUUCAAGGCACUUUCGAAUUGUGUAAAAACAUGGUCAAUUUUUUAUUGAAACUAUUCGAUUAUGGCUACACGACCAUCCGGAAAAGAUAACAUUUAAAUGUCAAGGUGAAAUCGUUUAAAACCAAUAUUUAUUUAUUUUUUUGAUAGAUUUAAUGCUCGUUUGGAUUUGGUACACACACAAACACAAAUGAUUUUAAAGAAAUGGACGAAGAUAGAGUAUUUUUUUUUAAAUCAGUGAUUUUGUGGUGCGUGGUGGUUUUCGCCAGGAUGUAUUUGUAAGAAAAGAAUUUAUUUAACCUCGAAAUGUUUUUUGUAAAUUAGUACAGACGGCUCUACAGAAUAUACAUAUACAAAUGACUCACUCAUAUACACAUAUGUUUUCAGUGCAAACUGAUAAUACACCAACAUACAGAAACCGUAACUAGUAAUAGGAAGCUAUUGAAGCGAUUGGCACUGUAAGCUAAACUUUAAGAAACAAUCAUGGCAGACUAACAAUGUAUAGAUGUUGUGUUUCUUUAGUAGUAAACAUACAGUAAAUAGAAUGUGUAUUGAAUAAUUUAAAUUUAAAUAUAAUAAUAAACCACGUAGCUUAAGUGCAAAAAAACGGAGUAACGCGAUUGUAUUCACGUAGCAAUGCAAUUUUCAAGAUGUUUUACUGUAUAACCAAGAGAAAUGUUUUAUUACCCCAGAUAUAUACAUAUAAAACGCUUGGCAAGCCUGCUUCUACAUAUACUGAUUUACAGUUACAAUAGAAGAGAAGUAAACAUUAUUGUCAAAGUAAAACUGAUUAGCGAAAACAAAAAAACAAAAGCAUUUACCUUACGUCUAACAAAUACCGAGACUGCAGCCGUUCAGGUCUUGCAUUUGAAAUGUAACUUAAUUUUUUAAAUUCACUUUAGUUCCCUUUGCUGUACUCCUAUCGUUUGCUAGUUACGCUUGGCAUUCAAAAUAACUUAUUUAUAUGAAAUCGAAGUAUGUUACUUUACAUUAAGCCUAUCCAUAAGUUUCUAUUAGUUAGAUUUUUAAUUUUGUGUAAGACUAAAGUGGAAGCCAAUUUUUGUGCUUUUUGUAUUUAGUAUUUAGUUAUACAUAUUAGCACUAAAUACAUAAACGCGUAUUAACUGUACUCCUUAAUGUAGGCUGUAGUUCAUAGUUCCUAGUUAUAAGCGUUGUAAGCAUCUACAUCCAUUUAAUAUAAAUAUAAAUAUUAAGAACGCCAGCGGGCUCUCAUUUUCUAGCAUGCGACUUAUCGCAAUGUUGUGCUUGCUGAAAUUUAUAAUAUUUGCCACUAUUUAUGUAUUUAUGCAAUGCAAACCUCUUUCAUAUCGUUUGAACGAAUUAAAAUAACUUGUAUACUGUUCCUUUCACCUUUUUUUGUUAGCAGUAGGCAUUUCUAUUUCUCCGUCUCUUAUUAUAGAACAUCGUCCUAAUUUUUAGUUACAUUUAAUUAAGGAGAUUAUUAUGUUAAUUUUCUAACGGGAGCGAAACGACAUCUUGAGCAACACAUUUACUAUUUAAAUAUAGAUAAAAAUAUUGUAUCCAAAUGUUAAAAGUACAUUAUUUUAUUUUGAUUGUCAUUGCAUUAAGUGAUGGAUGCAAUUUCGCAAUCUAGUUAGACAUUUCAUUUGUUUGCAAAAGCUGAAGUUAUAUUAUUGUAUAACCAUUUGAUGUAAAAGUAUAUGAUAGAGGAUGAUAUUGAAGAAUAAAGUUCGCUUCGUAUUAGUGUGUAGAGUUAAAAAAUAUAUACCUAAAAUUAUAACGCGGAAAUAGAUCUGUAUGAAAAAACAAAAUCAA